AUGUAUUUGCAAUGGGAAACGUGGCGUUUUAGGAACGUGCUCUGCCUUGGACUGCCUGACAGCCUAAGCUCGGGGCGACCGCGCACCCAGGGGUGCCCGUACAUCACCUUUACCACGACUACCGAUGCAACCUGCGCAGACGGUCUGCAGACUAACAGAGGGAUGCCCACCGGCGGCGUUGUUCCACCGACAUGUUCAGUGCUUAUUAAAAGCUCCCCUGUGAACCAUGACCGCGAAAGGUGCUGUCUAAAACCUGGGCUAAAGAGAGAUUACACAAAGGUACGUGGAUCCGAAGGCUCUUCAACUCAGGAACGAUGGCUGCUGGUUUUUGAGAAAAAGAAACUGAACAAACUCCUUGAACUGGAGUAUAAUGACAUUCUACAGUGGGACUUCAGCGACUCAUUCUACAUCCUCACCUUGAAGCAGAUACUCCUCCUAGAAUGGAUGGAAAGAAACUGUCCGCAUGUUCGCUUCCUGCUAAACGGCAAUGAUGACGUCUUUGCCAACACAGACAACAUGGUUGAGUAUCUCCAGAGCCAAAGGGACAAUGAUGGAAGCAAGCACCUCUUUACCAGUCAUCUGUUCCAGGAUGUUGGACCCAUUAGAUGGCCGGGGAAUGGAUUUCAGACUUUGGUGCAUUUGGAAGCGGAAAGAUUGGCAAAUACAUAUAUCUGUGUGAAAGCUAAGAAUAUUGGAAAUCUAAUAAACUUUUUUUUUUGCAUAGAUAUCUUUCACCUCAAUAUGACCUUUGUCAAAAUAACACUGAAAAUGAAAGACAACCUUUUUCAGACACAAGGGAAUGAUGGUAUCCCACCAAUGCAGCCUGACGCUUUUAAAAACGAGACUGAGGGCAAACAGGUUGCUGCAAUUAGAGGUCAGAACACAAUUAUCCACAUGUUAACACAGUGUGACAUGUAUCGAUUGUUUUACUGA